UUUCGUCGCCAUUGUAUUUAUGUUACGUGUGUGUAGUGAUUUUGCAUAUAGUAGAAAUUAUAAAAUUAUGGUGUAUUUUCGAAAAACGUCAUUUAAGUGGUAGUCGGUAACAAGCCGAUAAAUCUACUUAUCACAGUUUUAUCUUAUUAACUGUGUGUCAAUUGGAACUGGUGAUAUUGAGAGCAAUUAUUCAGCGAUUAAAUUAAGCGGUUACAUUUAUUAAAUUGUAAUAUUUUAACAACUUUAUACAAAUUUACGUCUCAUGUAAACAGCACGCGGAUCAUAUGUGUCAUCCAAUUUAAUGAUCCUUAUUAUGUAAUUUGUGCAAAAGGGAAUGCUAUGCUCAAAAAAUCGUGGCUAACAUUUGCUCGAGUUCGCAUUAUAAGUGGUGUCUUUCGAAAAUGACUGACUUUUCUUCCUCUUCUACUUUUAUGAGGGUAAUCAGUAAUGUGUUAACUUUUGUAAAAUGUAUUGUUAGAACCAGUUUUGUGAUACUCAACAAUGUUUAUUGUAUACCAACAUAUGUAGUAUGGAUGGCGUUAUUGUUCCCUGUAAAAGUCUAUCAGCCACAAGUAUAUUGGAGAAUAGAAGGAUUAUUUUUUCAUUGGUUAUUAGCAAUGGUAUCAAUGUGGACUUGGUCUGCAGGUUAUAGUAUAAUAGAACAAGGUGAUGAUAUACAAAAAAUUAUUAGUGAAAGAACAUUAGUAAUAGCAAAUCAUCAAAGUACUGGUGAUGUUCCUAUACUAAUGACAACAUUUAAUGCUAAACCAAAUAUGUUACCUAAUCUAACAUGGAUUAUGGAUAAGAUUUUUAAAUUUACUAACUUUGGUAUAGUUUCUGUUUUACACCAGGACUUUUUUAUUUUGUCUGGCCGUAAACGAAGAGAAGAAAGUUUAAAGCAAUUAGAAAAACAUUUAAAGGAGUCAUAUAUUCCAUUGAACAGAAAAUGGUUAGUUCUCUUCCCAGAAGGAGGUUUUUUAUGUAAAAGACGAGAGACAUCACAAAAAUAUGCUAAAAAGAAUAAUUUGCCAAUUCUUGAAAAUGUGACAUUACCACGGGUAGGAGCAAUACAAACUAUAUUUGAUACGAUUGGUCCAUCACAAGAAAAUAAUACAGCAGAACAACAAUUGAAUAGCAGACCAAACAUGAUGAUAGCUAAACCAGAAAUUAAGUGGAUUGUUGAUAUAACAAUAGCAUAUCCUCAAGGUAAACCACUUGAUUUACCAACAAUUAUUACUGGUUCACGGUCACCAUGUGAAACAGUAUUAUUUUACCGAGUUUUUCCUAGUUCAGUGGUUCCACGAGAACCAGAACUGUUGUCUAAAUGGUUAUAUGAUAGGUGGGUCGAAAAAGAAGCACUUUUGGAAAACUUUUACAAAUAUGGAACAUUUCUUGGCACACAAGCGUCUGCCAAUGAAGGUUCCAAAAUUCAUCAGGAUCCAUUGAGAUUCCUAGUCCUUCAUUUAUUUUUUAUAACGUCUAGUUAUAUACAUUAUAAUAUGUUUGCAUAUGUGCUAUCUUGCUUCUGGUAAAGCGUUUUAUGCUAUACAAGAAAUUACGUUUUUGUAUAAGUAAAAUUAUAAGUAAAAUUAAGUAAAAUUAUAAUGUAGUAAAGUAAAAGUAUU